AUGGAGGGUAGACCAAAGAGACAAAGCACUGUCGAUAAGGACUAUAGAGAACGCAAGCGGAUACGAAAAGAGAAAGAGGCUUCACCAGCGGAAACGGAAGGAGGAUAUGUGGAUAAGGAACGCGUUCAAGCUGAAUGUCAACAACUAUACAAUUAUAUCAAGGAAUGUCGUGAUCCAGAAGAUGAUGAGCAUUUCUUGAGCGACUUUUUCGUGCAAUUACCAUCCAAAAGGCAGUAUCCCGAUUAUUAUCAAGUGAUCAAACAUCCUAUUGCAUUAUCUAAGAUAAAGACCAAGAUCGAUCAACUAGAGUACACGGCAGUUGCUGAGCUCAAGUCCGAUAUUGACUUGAUGGUAUCCAAUGCCAAGAAAUACAACAUUAAGGAAUCCCAAGUCUACCAAGAUGCUAUCAGACUACAGAAAUUGGUUAGAAGCUGGAUUCCUGGAAAAGAAAAAGAGAAGCAACCAACACCAUCGACACCUUCAGAGACCAAACUCAGGACAGUGCUUAAACUUCCCGGUGGUGCCUUCAGUCACAGCAACACUUUGAGAGGAUCAGAUGAUCAACAGCGUCAGCAAUCCCAUACCGAAUCUAAAGUAAAGGCCAUUAGACUAAAAGCUGUGGAUAAACAUCCCAAGAAAAAAGUCAAUCUCAGUGAUCUGAUGGAAGCCAUUACUGCAAAGAAUACCAAGAAAGCCUUGGGACUGAUUGAUGAUGAUCCUACCCUCAAUCUGAACCAGCUGAAGGAGGUCGAGAUGUUCAAUGACAAGUUUUCAUGGUCCCCAUUACAUGCAGCUUGCUAUUAUGGAUUACCAAAAGUGGCCCAAGCGCUCCUUGAUCACGGUGCUGGUAUUGAAGUACAGGACACAUGGUAUUCGGCAACCCCACUAGGAUGGGCCGCAUUUGGAGACAAUGACAAACUUGUACGACUAUUACUGGAAAAGUAUGGUGCCAAUAGAGAAGCCAAGAAUAUCCAUGGCCAAAUCCCUUAUGAUCUUGUGAGCGACAAGGAUGAUCCUCGAUGGGAAGGCAUCUUGAAGGCCCCGUAUACUAUCAAAGUACGCUCUCCCCAGAAAAGGUCGAUUAGUCACGACACGGCUGACCAGGCUGAUCAAAGCAAUGUGGAGAGUUCUUCAGAAUUUGAUGCCGUCAAUACCCAUAAGAAGCGGCGUGGCAGGCCACCCAAAACGGACAAAGAAGUGCAUGAUGAACGGAUGCAGCCCACAGAACAAGUCGAUCUCAGCAAUUUCGACCCUAUACAAUUCAUCAAAGAGCUCUUUCACAGCAUCCAAACACACACCAGCAAUGCUGGCCGACUAUAUUCCGAGAUGUUCGAACACCUCCCGGAUAAGGAAGAAUAUCCAGAUUAUUAUAAUGUUAUUGAAGAACCACGAUCUCUUUCUAUAAUCGAAGACAAGAUGAAGCGUCGACAAUAUUCGACACCCUCUGAUUGGUUCAAGGAUAUGGAAUUGGUGUUUGAGAAUGCUAUGGAAUACAAUGAACCUGGUUCUCGGGUUUACCGUGAUGCCAAACUUCUUUUACGUCUACUCAAUCGCAUGAAGGAGAAAAUAUUAUCAAGAGAGGGUAUUCCUUUGACACAAGAACGUGAUGUGUUGAACUUAUCAUUGGCGGGUCGACCUUAUGAAAUGGAAGAUAGACGUCGGGCGAAGCGAUCAGUAUCCAAAUCAAAGUCUUUAUCAGAUGAAUCUACUCCUGCUCCAGAACCUGCACCGGCUAUUAUGGAGACCUCGUCCAUGCCACCGCCACCGCCACCACCCCACUCAUAUGGAAUGAUGAAUAUGCCCGCUAUCAUGCAUGGCAUCCACCCCACGCCAGCAAUACCUCCUAUUGCUGCUCAUGGUUUCAAUAUUGCCAAUGCUGUCGUACCUGAAGUAACACAAGGAUCACUCCCAUUCGAUUCUACCAUCCAAGCUGCCGAGCAAAAUGGUCAUUUGUCUAAUGCAAGUCAAUCAUUCUUUGAAUUAUUCGCCACUGAUAUACGAAAUGUACGUCCUUUGAAGGAAAUUAUCAUUCGAUCAAUGAACGAGACAUAUGCAACAACCCUUGUCGGCAACAUGGUUGGUCACAGCGUCACAGUCCCUCAAAGUGUCCAAGUGCUCGAAAUAUCGCCUAUUUUACAACAAUCAUUACAAGAUGAGUCCAAGCGUAUAUCGAUCACAGUUAUUCAAGAUAACACCAAGCUUGAUUCAACCGAGGCUGCAAGAAAGGAUACUCACUCUUGGAGGAGCAUACCAUUACAUGCUGGGCUUAAUACAAUCAAGAUUACCGUUACUGCCAAUGUCUCCACAACGAAUGCUUCAGGGAUGGUGUUUCCCGAAUAUAGGACCCAAGUGUAUAUUCUUUUUAUCACUCAAUCAUGGUAA